CCCCUCCCCUCCCCAGGGCACCGCAAUUGCUCUUCCAGCAUGGCUUCCAACAAAGCUCCGGAUGCCAUUGCACCGGUAGAGCAUCCGCCCUCUCUCUCCGACGGUUCGACGGGCUCCGCCGCCAGGAUCGUCCAUAAUGCCAAAGCGGCCACCGAUAAGGAGCGGAAGAUGACCCUGUGGCAGGGCAUCAAGCUCUACCCGAAGGCCGUCGCAUGGAGUGUUCUUAUCUCUACCUGUAUUGUCAUGGAGGGCUACGAUAUCAGUCUGGUCAACAAUUUCUAUGCCUUUCCUCAGUUCAAUCGAAAAUACGGUGAGAUGACGGCGGACGGCUCCUAUCAGGUUCCAGCCAGGUGGCAAUCUGGUCUGAGCAACGGUGCAUAUGUCGGAGAAAUCAUCGGUCUCUUGAUCAACGGCUGGGCGUCCGAACGAUUCGGAUAUCGAUACACGAUCAUGGCUUGUCUCGUUCUCAUUACCGCCUGGACUGCCAUCUUCUUCACUGCGCCCAAUGUCCAGGCCUUGCUCGCUGCGGAAAUCCUGGCUGGUAUUCCCUGGGGAGUUUUCCAAACACUUACCAUUACAUACGCUUCCGAGGUCUGCCCGGUUGCGUUGCGAGGAUAUUUGACGACUUAUGUUAAUUUCUGCUGGGGCGUGGGACAAUUGAUUGGUAUUGGAGUGAUCAAAGCCAUGAUUAACCGGGAGGAUGAAUGGGCAUACCGGAUCCCCUAUGGUCUCCAAUGGAUGUGGCCCUUGCCGUUGUUCAUUGGCAUCUCUCUCGCCCCGGAGUCGCCUUGGUGGCUCGUUCGCAGAGGCAAGAUUCAACAAGCCAAGAAUGCUCUCCUGCGCCUGACCAGUCUGAACCGAGAAACUGAAUUUGAUGCUGACGAGACCAUCUCCUUGAUGGUUCAUACUACGGCAUUGGAAGAAAAAAUCACCAAGGGCGCCAGUUAUCUCGAUUGCUUCAAGGGCACCGACCUCCGCCGGACCGAAAUUGUCUGCAUGGUCUGGGCAAUUCAGAACCUCAGUGGCAACUCUUUCUCCAACUAUUCGACAUAUUUCUUGGAGCAGGCCGGACUGAGUACUUCCGACUCCUACGCUUUUGCGAUGGGCCAAUACGGGAUCAACAUGGUGGGCGUGUUUGGCGCCUGGUUCCUCAUGUCCGUGGGCUUAGGACGCCGCGCCCUAUACUUGUACGGUCUCUGCGGACUCUGUACCAUGCUUCUCGUUAUGGGCUUCCUUGGACUUAUCCCCGAAUCGCAUAAGACGCAGGGGGCAUUGGCGACGGGCAGCAUGAUGAUCAUCUGGGCUCUUUUCUACCAGCUGACUGUCGGAACCGUGGCGUACUCUCUUGUUGCUGAGCUUUCCACCCGUCGUCUGCAGAUCAAGACCGUUGUGCUCGGCCGCACGCUCUACAAUAUCGUUGCAAUCAUCUGCGGUGUCCUGACCCCAUACAUGCUGAAUCCCAGUGCCUGGAACUGGAGUAACUAUGCUGGCUUCUUCUGGGGCGGCAUCUGCUUCCUUUGCAUUAUUUAUGCCUUCUUCCGGGUGCCGGAGCCCAGCGGUCGCUCUUUUGCCGAACUCGAUGUCCUGUUCGAGCGGGGAGUCAGCGCACGCAAAUUCCACCUCACGCCGGUGGAUGUUUUCGACGAAACAGUGGAUCGGGGUGUGGUCGAGCACUACCAGACGGAAAAGACUGUGGCUGCUGAUGUGGCCCAGGCAGAGAAGGGGGCGAGUUCAUGAAGAGCGUCUUCCUAACAUUUCCUUGUAAUACUAUAAUAAUCUUAAAUGUACAUAGUUACAUGU